AUGUGGACGAUGAAUAAUACAGAGCAAUGGACAAGUUUGAUCAAAACGCCAUACGAUAUUGAUGGUGACAACAACGAUGGAAGUCCCGAAAACAUGCACAGUAUGUUAAGCUCUAGAAACACUAACAAUUCAAUAAAUCCACCUGGAAGUACAGACUCUGGUUCAGGAUCUGACUUCCAAAGUAAAGAGUAUCCUCUGCCUGAUGACAAUUUUGAAAACUUCAAUCCAAUGAUGGACAUAAAUAUAGAAGAUUUCCUAACAAAGGAGCUUAAAGAUCUAGAUAUACCAAUGCUACCCAAAAAUGAGCUAUCAAAACUGGAUCUAGACAUGUUUCCUAACUCUGAUUUGAGCUGGAAUGUAGUAAAUGACAAUGAUACUUUAGCAAAUUCAGGAAAUAUAAAUGGAACUAACGACAACUCGGGAAUUACACCAAGGAAACUAAUGCCAGGUCAAAAUCAAAAUGGUUAUCAUAGAAAGCAACCCAGCGGGACUGCUAUCUUUGGGUUUUCGCAACACAAUAAAUCACUGAGUAUUGGUGCUAUGACUAUCAAUGUAGAUGAAACUAAAAAAGCUAUGAUGCAAAGGCAACAGCAAGAAUCAGAGCAACCCGAUAUAAAAAUGAAUGAAACUCUGAUGCAACAACAGAGGGAGUUACAAAUGGCUCUACAAAGACAAAAGGAAAUGAAUGAGAAACUUGAAGAACAAUUGAGAAUGAACAAGUUGCAACAAGAGCAGCUACAAAGAGCCCUGGAGGCACAACAAAUGACGCUCGAACAAGUUUCUUCAAUUCCUGCAAACGCAACUCCUGUUAGGCCAGAUACUAGCAUUAUUGUGACGUCUAAUGGGAAAAAUGGUAAAUACCAGUUUCCUCCACGAGAUCCCGUAAAUCCUUCGGCAAAUAGACCUAUUGACAAAUCAAAGCCCAACAUGGAAUACGAAGAUAAGAAUGACAAUGGUAAUGGUGGUAGUAGUAGCAGGAAUAACAAUAAUGGUGCUGCUGGUAAUGGAUUAUUAUCACCUUUCUCGAGGGCUUCCAUCAACGGUUCUCCGCAUAGACGGCGUAAUCACAAUUAUGACAAUAUAGAGCCUGGAAAUAACAACCUGACGUUGCCUAUAAAUUUCUCCAUAUCCAGUACAAGCACCGUGGGUAAUAGCUCGGAACAAAUGCUAAAAAUGUCAAAAUACUUUAGAGAACUAACUGACGACGGUAAACAGCAUUCUUCUAGUUUGUCCUCGUCUAAUAAUAAAAGUUCUAGUAGGUCACCAAUUACACCUCAAGACCAGAUCUACGACAAUCCAAAGACUCCGUCAUUGCGUUGUAACCAUACACAAACAUGCCGUAGCGAUGACGGAACCAUUAACCAAAAAAAUAACAACACUGACACCGGAAUGAAUGAAAAUAUUGACACUGGCAGCAGUUCCAGCAACAAUCAUGCUAGUCAUAGCAGUAGUAACAUUAACCAAAGAAGAGGUAAACAUGCUGCCCGAGACAGUACCGUGUCUACUGCAUCUACAAUUCCUAUGCAAGGCGAUGAUGAUCAAUGCUCGCAGACAUAUAGUCCGCAGCAGCCUCACCUCCAGCAAUCCAGCGUCGGGCUUGGGCUUACGCUUGAUAGCAGACUUCAACUGAAAAAACCACCGCAAUUACAAAUGUUGCCUACGAUCCCUGGUUCAAGUGAAACCACCCCAUUAAAGUCGAAACAGUCUCCCCAGAGGCCAUCCCAAUAUCAAACAAACAAUAUGCCGGUGAAACACUCGUUCCAACACACUCCUACCAAAGAGCUGAUCUUCAACAACGCCCCAAAUAUCUCUCUACAACCCGAAAACAACAGAAGACACUCUCAAACACUUGGCUCGGGGCUAUCGCAACAGCAACAGCAAAUGGACGACGACGAACCAGAGUGUAAAUUUGUACAGGCGCAAACCCCAUCCCCAAUCCUGCGCUCACAGGAAAGAUUCGAUUGCAUUGCCGAAUCCCCAGUGCACUUGCAAUAUCACCACAACAACCAACUCGGUAUCGGCUCUUCCAGCCCAGCCGCAAGUGGAGGCAGAAACGGCAAGCGGUACGGCAUGCUUCCCCGUGAGGAAAUAGACAAGUACAUCUUGGAAUUGGGCCCCAAACAAUUCCAGUGUAAGUUCAAAGACUGCCAGAAGAUGUUCAACAGAAGAUACAACGCUAGAACCCAUAUCCAAACCCAUCUUUGCGACAGGCCAUACAAGUGUGAUUAUCCCGGAUGCCAAAAGGCAUUCGUGAGAAACCACGAUCUACUGCGACACAAGAAAUCCCACCUAGACAAAAUGUACUCUUGCGGCGGGUGCGAUAAAAGAUUCCAUUCGGAGGAUGCACUAACAAAACACCAAGAACGUAAGGGCCAUGAGGGAAAGUACAUUGCGGGCGAAGAUGAAGAAGAGGACGACGAUGCCGGUUACGACUACGGCUACAUGAGCGAAGGCCCGGCACAUAUAUUGUCGUCGCCAGUACGCGGCAACCAGAUCCGCAAGCCAGUCUCUCCAAAGAAAGUCCCAAACACGAUACGGGAAAACAUACAGAGAGACCACACUGGCGCAGCGUUGCGUAUGCAGGAACAGCUAAACUAUCACUAA